CAUGACGGUACAUCUCGCAGUAUUCGAGUGAUAAUCCAUUGUUAUAAACAAUUCCACAGUAAAUAACCAAAAGCAAGAUGAAGCUAGUACUGUUUUUCUUAAGUUUUCUUGCGGUGGUUUCUUUGAGUUUUACAGCAUUGGCACAUUAUCCAAAAAAACCUGGUACCCCAGGGCAUUGUUUUGCUGAUAUUACAGGUCCUCUAAAUAACGGCCAAACGGUACAGGUGAAGAAUCAAUGUGCUGAAGCCAGUUGUGGUGGCGAUGGUACCCUUACUUUAGUAACAUGUGGAGCUGUGGCUGGACCCAAAGGAGUAUCCAAGCCAGACUUAAGAAAAAGCUAUCCAAACUGUUGUCCUCAACCAUUAUAAUGUUGAAAUUUCCUAAAAAUAUAUUAUAGUACCCCCAAAAAAA